AUGGGAGGAGAGGAAGGAGAACUUGGAGGAAGGAAGAAGCAAAACCCCCAAGCACAAGCCAAAGAGCACGCACUGAAAAAAGCUGCUCAAGCAAGUUCAUCUUCCACGGUUACCAAUAAACUAAGCUUUCAGGAGAUAUUCGGGAUUGAUACCAUAAUCAAAGAUUGGAGCUCCAUUAGUCAUAUUGUUGCAAAGGUUAUGGACCAAGGUGUUAAAGACAUUUGUUGGGCCAUAUGCUUUGCUCGUCUUGUACAAGCUAUUUACAACAUGCAAAAUCCCCAUGAUGCAAAUCAGUUUUCUAUUGAUGACUUGAUUGGUAGCAUAAAACCAGAGGCUGGAGAAAAAAGUUUAGCACUUGCUAAUUUAAAGAAAGCUUUUAAGCACUUAAGCACAGUUGGGGUGUUGAAGAUGCCUACAAGAGGACAUGGAAUGGCUGGAGAUAAAAGGAAGAGGGUUACAGAAGACUUUGACAUGUACGAGGAUGUGGAUGCUUCAGCUAUUGAGAAGAAGUUAGACAUGUUCCCGGUUGCACUUCGAUUCGAGACGGACGUUGAAUUUACUGAAAAUACCGGGCAGAUUUACUAUUUGCCAAAAAAGAUGCCUGUCACGGCAAAAUCUCGUCUACACUGCUUGCUUCUCAUUGGAUAUGGAGUAACCAAAGAAGGAGAGCGAUACUUUAUAGGGCAGAACUCCUAUGGUGAGAACUGGGGCUGCCAGGGAUACAUCAGAAUCGUCAUCAAAAACAAAUGCGAUAUCAUUUGCAAAAAAGACUAG